GCAUAACAGCACGGAGUGAACUAACAGCACCCAGUGGUUCGUUCCGUCAAGUACUGCGAAAGGAAAACUCGUCCACGUACGUUCUGAAAAGUCAAGCAAUUUAGCUAAGUUGAGAAAUUUCAGUUUGAACCAUCUGACAUGGCCAGUCCAGCAGCAGGACCCUCCAAGCAGGAGAUCGAGUCGGUCUUCAGUCGCCUGCGCGCCCAGCCAGCCAACAAAUCCUGCUUCGACUGCGCUGCCAAGGCUCCCACCUGGUCCUCGGUCACCUAUGGCAUCUUCAUUUGCAUCGACUGUUCCGCCGUGCACCGCAAUUUGGGUGUGCACCUGACCUUCGUGCGCAGCACCAACCUGGACACCAACUGGACCUGGCUGCAGCUCCGGCAGAUGCAACUGGGCGGCAACGCAAACGCGGCGCAGUUCUUCCGGGCACACAACUGCAGCAGCACCGACGCCCAGGUCAAGUACAACUCGCGUGCGGCCCAGCUGUACAGGGACAAGCUGAGUGCUCAGGCCCAGCAGGCCAUGAAGGUGCAUGGCACAAAGCUGCAUUUGGAGCAGACGGACAAGGGCAACGAGGGCAACGAAGCCGCUAAGGAGGAGGACUUCUUCGCCCAGUGCGACAAUGAGGCGGACUUCAAUGUGCAGAACAACAAUGUCAGUAAGCAGGAUCAAAACAGACCCAUCGUUGCUCCGGCCAUAAGCAUUGAAACGCAACUGAGUGGCGCCCCCAGCGUAGAUCUUCUUAAUUCCGUGGUGCCGGCAGCAGUGCCAUCGUCCAUAGGUGCGCGAAAGGUGCAGCCGAAGAAGGGUGGACUGGGUACUCGCAAAGUGGGCGGCCUGGGAGCCACGAAGGUGAAGACUAACUUCGCAGACAUCGAGGCCCGUGCUAACGCGGCCAACGAGAUGAAGACAUCAGCUGGAGCAGCACCUGUGAACAAGCCACAGACGGCCGAGGAGGAACUGGAGACGGUGGCCAGUAUGCGCCUCGCAUACCAAGAACUCUCCAUGCAGAAGACCCGCGAGGAAGCCAAGCUUAAGACCAUGGAUCCUGCUAAGGCUAAACAGAUGGAGCGUCUGGGCAUGGGCUUUAACCUGCGAGGAUCCGACAUGGCGCACUCCGCUCUUGGCGAUAUGGAGACUAUUCAGCAGUCGGCCGCCCCUAAAGCAAAACUCUCUUCAUUGGAAAGCGAAAACUUGUUCACUGACUAUUCGCUGUAUGGCAAUAGCAGCAGCGGAGGAGGGUCUAGCGAAAAGCGGGAGAGCUCAGUUGGCGGCACCAGCAAGCUGGAUAAGUUUGAACUUGAUGCGCUGGGCUAUGAGACAAUUGAGCCCAUUGGGGGAAGUCACAGCAAUAUAACGUCCAUGUUUUCUGCCAGCAAUACCUAUGACAAACCCAAAACGUCGGCGCCCGUCAAGAAGAACAGUGGAUCCUUACAAACCCACACCAAAGGAGGGACUAGCACAGAUCCCGUGAUCGCUCAGCAAAAGUUCGGCAACUCCAAGGGCUUUGGCUCCGAUCAGUACUUCGCAAGUGAUCAGUCUUCGGCCGACGUUAGCGCAAGCUUGAACCGCUUCCAGGGAUCGCGAGCCAUAUCUUCGUCGGACUAUUUUGGCGACGGUCCUUCUGGUGGCAGUGGGGGCAACAGAGCGUCUUCGGUGAACUUCAGUGCACCGGACCUGGAUGUGGAAAGCGUAAAAGAGAGCGUACGCCAGGGUGUACAUAAAGUGGCCGGUCGUUUAAGCAACCUGGCCAAUGACGUGAUGACCUCUUGGCAAGACAAGUACGGUUACUGAUAUCAGCGAAACACCCAUGGUGGCCCGCAAAGCAGCGCUGGCAGCGGUGUCGGAGAACAGUCUAAUCUUAACGUUUUUAUAUAUUAGUUGUCGCGAUUAUGCAAAAGUUAUGAAAGAUUCCAAGCAGAUAGCCACUUAGUCUAGUUACAGAGGAGCAACCACUUCGCAUGCCUCAUAUCGUUCUUGUAUACAAAUAGCAGAAACAGAAUCUGAAACAAAAUCCAUGCAGUAUAGCCAGCUGUACAAUACGCGUAGUGUCUUUUAAAUAUACAUAAAUACACCGUUCAUAUUAAGAAGGUAACCAUGUGGAUUCUGAGCGGCGCAUGUUUGUGCACUGUUUUCUGAAUUAAAUCCUUUUACUUUGCUUUUAUUUGUAUUUCCGUUGAGCUACAUUUUAAUUGUUUUCCGUUUAUCAAGAAAUUAAGCAAAGAGUGUGACAUAAAUAAACUAAUAACUGCAUAGCAAAUAUUCCUGAGCUGAGGAGCUUAGCAAAUAUCAUUUUAAAUUAAAUUUGAACUUUAUAACGUCGGCAUUUAACUGAAUUGAAAAAGUUGUCAAUAUAUAAAUACAAAUAUUUAGAGCAUAUAAACCUUAAAAAUA